AUGUUAGAACAGGAACAACAGAUCGAAGAACUUGAUAUACUGGAGGCUGAAGCUGCUCAGUUAAGAGCCAAACAGAUUGCUGAAGCUGCUCAGUUAACAGCCAAACAGGAGGCAGAAAAUGCUGAGAGACAAAGACAGUUACAAGCCAAGCGCAGACAACUAGAGCGAUUAGAAACAGUAAAGAAGCUAAAAGCUGCAAAAGCGAGACAUCAAGUAUAUGAACAGAAUGCAUGCUCAGACGAAGAAAUUAGCGAGCUGCUCCAUCAACAUGUUCCUCUGGUUGUGAAAGAAGAACUCAAGCAUAAAAGCAGUGAACUGCAAAACCACUCACCACCUCAAGCUGCGACACAACAAAAACAAGAAGACAGUACUUCAGCUCUUAUCAGAGCUCUUGCAGAGUCCAUCAGUGCAAGUCGUCUACCUGUACCUGAACCUACAACGUUCAGUGGUGACCCACUGAGGUUAAAUGACUGGAAGGUCUCCUUUCGUACACUCGUUGACAGGAAAAACAUCCCAGCUGAAGAAAAUAUAUACUAUCUAAGAAAGUAUGUGGGUGGACCCGCCAAGAAGGCCAUAGAGAGCUACUUCCUGCUAGGCACAGAGUCAGCCUAUCAUGCCGCGUGGACCAUCCUAGAAGAGAGGUACGGUAAUCCUUUCCUCAUUGCUAAGGCCUUCAGAGAUAAGCUUGAUGCAUGGCCCAAGAUAAGUUCCAAAGACAGCGUAGAACUUCAAGAGCUCUCUGACUUCCUUCGCAGCUGUGAGGCUGCCAUGUCACAGAUCAAAGGACUUGAGAGACUGCGAAAGCAUGGCCUCAUCUUGAACACCUCGCAGAUGAGAUCGCUCCUCAGCAAAGCUGUGAUGUUGGCCUGCUUAUCGGCUACAACAUGUUCCCAAGCUCUCGUCCCAAGAGAAGUGGUGCCUGGUGAAGGAAACCAGCCCUUUGCACAGGGAACAGAUUUGGGCUGGAGUGUUGUCGGCUUUGGCAAUCCCUGUCUCGACAUUGGAGAUAUGAUUGGAGUAAGUCACCAGGUAACCGUGAAGCAAGUGAUACCAAGUCUCCAGUCUUCAAACCUCCCAAGGGAAGUACACUACGUCUGUAGAACACAGAUUAAGGAAGUCUCACCUGCAGAUGUCGUCGAGGUGCUGGAAUCUGACUUUGUCGAAAGAGCUUCUGAAGAUAACUCUGCAGAUCAGGCCUCCAAAGGUCUCACAGCACAGCAACUUCAAGCCUCAAAUGGGUUCACAGGCCCAUACCUACUUUGGCAGAAAGAGCUACCAAGUGGAGAAGUCAAGGUGGGAGAGAUCGUGAGUAGUGACCCAGAGCUUAAGAAGGCCCAGGUUCAUGAUACCCAGGCAAACGAAGUAAAGUCGCUACUAGAUCACCUUCACAAAUUCUCAGACUGGUCAAGAGUGGUUAAAGCCUUUGCCAGACACAAGCGCCUUGCAAAGGAAAUUAAAGGUCUCAAGCCAAGGUCCUGUGAAGCCACAUGCUUAGAGGAGAGGAGAGAAGCAGAGCUGACCAUAAUCGAGAUGGUUCAAGAAGCAACACUCUCUCAAGAAAUAAAGUGCCUUCAGCAGCAUAAGGAGUACCAUCUCCAACAAAGACCAAAGUGGAUCAAGGACCGCAGAAACGUCAAGGUAAAUGACGUUGUCAUUCUGCAAGACAACACUAUACCACGUGGCCAAUGGAAGCUGGCCAGGGUUGUGGAAGUGUACCCAGGAGGGGAUGGAAGAGUGAGAAGGCUCAAGCUGCUUAUCAGCGACUCUACCCUGGAUGUAAAGGGAAAGCGCCUCGCUAAACCUGUCUACCUCGAAAGGCCUAUUCACAAGACGGUGUUGUUGUUGGAAGCAGACUAAGACUCAGUUACUCUCACUCACACUCUGCACUUAAUAGGUCUAAAACGAAAUAGUUAGUUUUACAUUAAUGUAUAUCGGUUUUUCUAAAAAAAUUAUGGAAAUCACAGGUGAUUUGGUGGGAGUGUAACUGUCUUCACUUUCUGUUGUUUAUUUUGUUGGACGUUGUAUUUUUGGUUCCUACCUUUUAUGUGCAACAUUAUUAGAGGCGGAACUAAUCUGCUGUGUUUUGUGUUACACCUGUUUGUUUAAUCGACGCACAACUGCAGAGCAACGCAGAAUGUAAAGAAAAUCUAAGGAAACCAAGGGAAAAUGCAUAUAAAGUUAUCAGCCCCUCUAGGUGACUAGCAGCCUACGAGUUCUCACAGGUUGGAAUAGGUCCCACAAGAAUAAACCCCGUAUUUAAUCAAGACCUCAGCCUCGUGUCAUUUACUGGAGGGAGCUACAAUAUAAGUCAUCAUGAACACAUCUGUCCAUCAGACAGAGGGCUGCUGUGCCUCCUGUCAUCAUUAACGGACGUCUCUUUAAAAUGACCGCUCAGAGGAGAGGAGGGCUGCAGUCGAAUAGUCCAUUUA